AUGGACACCAUUCAGCGAUUUCUCACCUCCGCUACCGUUCAACUCCUCUCUGUAAGCAUCAGAGAACAACUGGAGCAGUGGUUCUGCUCCAGUAAAGAGCUCUCCAUCUUCGUCAGUGGCAGAACGGGGGGUGGGAAAUCCACACUCGUGAACUCACUUCUAGGGGCGAAGUUGGCGGAGGAAGGUGCCGAACCGAAGCCGGCAACUGCGGAGAUCGAUUGUUACGAGCGUCGUGUGGGGGAGAUACUUGUAAAGGUAUGGGACUCGCCUGGGCUGCAGGACGGUACCAAGCACGAGGAACGUUACCUGAACCACAUUGCUGGCAGGUGUAAUACUGGCGUAGAUCUCUUUCUCUUCUGUAUAAACGUCGGAGACGCUACUCGUUUCAACCUGGAUUCGCCCGAGGUCAAAGCUCUGGCUAAAUUGACGGCGAAGUUGAGUCCCGUGAUUUGGAAUCACGCCAUCAUUGCCCUGACAUUUGCCAACAGGCUAGGGCAGACCAGUAUGGAAAUGAGGUUAGCCAAGCGAAGAAAGGACAAGGACAAGGUCAGGGACCUCUUCUGCAAGAAAGUCGAUGAAUGGGAACAACGUCUCCGAAGAUUUCUGCCCGAAAUUGGACUCUCUUCUAAUCAGAUCCAGAAACUGAAGAUAGUUCCAACAGGCCACCGUCGAGACCCAAGUCUCCCAGAUCGGCCUCACUGGCUCAGCACCUUCUGGUUCGAGGCUCUCCGCUCAACCCACCCCAGAGCCCAGCCUGCACUGCUCCGUAUGAACGAGACACGCAUUGUCGAGAACCCCGAUACAGUGGACGAAAAAACUCACAGGCAACACUCGGAAGACCAGGCGUUCAUCUUCAGCCAAUUUGGUAGCAAUGUCGGGAGACUCAUGUGUGGCUCUGAAGACCUGGGCUCUAUAGCAGGCCUAGCAAUGGCAGAUUUCAAGGAUAUAGAGCUCAAAGAACGCAUAGUACUAGAACAGUUCUUCAUCAUGAAUACCAUUCCCCAGACAUCAGCGGAAGACUAUCCCCGUUCUCCUCCGCCACUUAGCAUUGGUGAUGGAGUUGAACAGGACAUGUUGGUGUCGCCUCUGGAUGUCUCUUUCUCUCAACUAGGACUAGGACAGACUCCCACUACCAGUCCUGCUGUGUCAGUCCCAACCGCAACCUCAGACGGCAGUGGGGUUGAGGCUACACCUGGGGACGGCCUUCAGGGAGAGGAGGAGGAGAGUCUUAGUUCACUAGCGUCACCCAAAUCUGUGUGUGGUGGUCAUCCUUACCAUGAGUGA